AUGGGAACCAACAACAAGUGGCCGAGACGCAAGUUAAGAUGUGCGAGUCAGGCGGAGAUACUGCGGGCGCACCAACGGGACGACGAUUUCGUGAAGGACCUGCGGGACAAGUUGGCGGAGACGUUGCAGAACUUGAGUGUACGGCACGCGCUGUCCCGAUGCAUCCAGUCCGACAUUCCGUUCAAGUUGUUGUACUUCGUCUUCACGUCGGGCAUGGGUAACCAGACGUUGGGCGAGGAGUACACCGGUAUCGUACAAGCUGAUCUGGAGGCGCGCAGAGUUCCGACGUUAACUGUAAGGGUGUUAGCUGCAAUUUUGGAAUGCCUCGGAGAGAGGACGCUGCUCGGGUUACUGGGACAACUGCAGGCUCGCGUGAAUCACCCGCAGAGCGAACUCACACCGGCAGCGGCAACGUUUCUCAAUGCCAGUCUGUCGAAACUGCGCAUGAUGAUACCAGUCAUCAUACUGUUGCACAAGGGGCUGUUUUAUCUUUACGGUAGAUAUUACAGCCUGGGUAGGAGGAUUGCUGGAUUGGAUCAUGCGAAGGUGUACGGCCAUCGACCAGUGGACACUGUUAGCUGGGGACUGAAGUUGUUGGGAGUCGCUACUCUCAUCCAGUCUCUGUUAAAGAUCUGGCAGACUAGUAACACGCAGGACGUCAACACCGCGACUGUAUCCAGUGCGCAAAGCAUUGAUCACAGUUGUCAGAUGUGUUUCGAGGCGAGAGCGACGACCACGACGUUGUGCGGUCAUCUGUUCUGCUGGAGUUGUCUCAGCGAGUGGCUGCGCGUCAAGCCACAAUGCCCCUACUGCAGAGAGCACAUGCCACCGUCGAGGAUCAUUCAUAUGAUGAAUCUAUAAGUGUCUGUGAUAAUGGAUUAUAUUCCUUGUACAUACAUAGUGUAAAAAGAAUUUUGUAUCAUAUCUUGACAGAAAGAAGGAUAUUUUUUGAG